AUGGGGUUCGUGCCCAGCCUGGACCGCCACCUGGCAUCGCUCCCCUGCCAUUGCCUGAGAGCUCCUGCUCCUUCCUGGGCCGCAAUCCUGGAGGCUUUAUUCCCCCAGGUCCGCAAGGGCGGGAUCAGCAGCCUGCCCACGACCUCCGGCGGCAAGCCCUUCCAGCUCUGGGCCCUAGGACUCUUCUGCACCGAGCGUAACUUGGCUAAGCGCCUUAGGAGCAACAGCUUCUACCCUUUCACGGAGCAGCAGCCGAACGUCUUCGUGCUCGAGUACUACCUGGACACGCUGUGGAAGGGGACGCUGCUCUUCGUCGUCUGCCUCUUGCUCGUCAGCUUCGGCCUCGUGAGCCAGGUGCGGAAGCAGGAGACCUGGGGCUUCCCCGCCUACGGCAUGGGCAUCGGCCUGUGGCUCAUGAUCUCGUCGCUGCCGCGACGCCGCCUAGUGCUCAACCACACGCGCGGCGUGUACCACUUCUCCAUCCAGGGCCGCACUGUGUGUCAGGGGCCCAUGCAUCUGGUCUACGUGCGCCUGGCGCUCAGCUCCGACGCCUACAGAAGGUGCUUCUUCCAGCUGGUUCUGUGCGGCCACAAGUUGGAGCCGCUAGUGCUGGUGCAGCUGUCAGAGCGCUACGAGCAAAUGGAAUAUCUGGGUCGUCACAUCGCCCGGAAGCUCAACAUUAACUACUUCGACAGUCUGGCCUCCUCGUACCGGCACGUGGUCCGCCACUGGCCGCUGGGGGCCACCUUCAGCCCGGGCAUCGCUCUGCGCAAGACCCGUGCCUAUGACAAGCUGAGCUCUGGGUCCGACCUGGACGUGUGAUGCUGCCGGCGGGCACCCCCUCCCCGAGCCCAGAACUGGGCUCGCCCUUCUCCUCCAAUAUCCCAGCUCCACCGACUACUGGCCUUCCUCUCAAUAAAGUGACC